ACAAGACAAAUUUAGAUGGAUUAAGACAAGGAAAUAAAAAAAAUUGGGAUGCAGAAGUUAAGGAAACAGUGUGAGAGGUGUGAGAGUGGGGAUGAAGAUAAAAGCGGAAGCACGGACUAGUUGCGAUCGAAGUACUUGCUAAUGACACGUUAAAAGAAAAAUAAUGGCAUCAAACAUGCUUGGUUCCCUCGCCGACCCUAUUCCACUCAAAGACCAAACGCCUAAAUUGCCAUACUAAAUUGUUGUCACUCACCAACAAACAAAGAACAGAACAACAUAACUCUCUCUAACACCAAACCCUUUUACUUUCACCUUAGAAUCAUGGUGGAUAGGGAUUCAAGUGAAGCACACAUGUCAAUAGCCGCUUCUUCCAUGUUCCCUGGCUUCAAGUUUUGUCCCACUGACGGUGAAUUAAUCUCUUAUUACCUCAGAAAAAAAUUGGACGGUGACGAGGACAGUGUUCAGAUCAUUUCGGAGCUUGAGCUUUGCACCUUUGAGCCUUGGGAUUUGCCUGAAAAAUCUUUCAUUAAAUCAAACGAUGAGUGGUUUUUUUUCUCGCGACGGGGGAGAAAGUAUCCGAAUAGUUCACAAAACAAAAGGGCAACUAAAAGUGGGUAUUGGAAGGUCACAGGAAAGGAGCGACAGAUAGAGUCCGGUCAGAAUGUGAUUGGUACCAGACGCACUUUGGUAUUCCAUGUCGGUCGAGUUCCUAAAGGCGAAAGAACUGAAUGGAUUAUUCAUGAGUACUGCAUCAAUGACAAAUUUCAGAAUCAGGAUUCUUUGGUGGUUUGUCGGCUCAAGAAGAACACAAAAUUUCAUACAAAUGAUGAUUCUAACAAAGCUUCACGCGAGAGUGGUUGUGGAGUCUCAGAAGGGGGUUACAGUUCAAAGGAGCACUUGUGUGCCUAUUCAAGAUAAAGAGGUUGGGUGUAGUUCCAAGAGGAGUAACAAUAGUAAUAGUUCUCCUUCUAUUACUGUCCAAAUUGAAUCCAGUAAUAGAGUUGCUAAUGAAGUCAAUCCCAAAGCUUCUUCCAAUGAAUCCAGUGAUAGAGUUGCCAAUGAAGCCAAUCCCAAAGCUUCUUCCAAUCACUCUAAGGUGGAUGAAGUGGAUUAUUAUGCAGAGAUCAACUUAGAUGAUAUCAUCAACUUAGAUGAACCAGCACUCUGACUGCCAUAGCCCAUAGCCACCACAAGGGACAGCAAAUAGAGAUCAACAAUCAUCAAACAAAAUCAAAGGUUUCAACGGAACUUCUUGACCAAUGCUCCAACCAAUCAUCAAACAAAAUUAACACUUUCCUGCCAUACCGUUUAAUGCUCUUCACUUUCUUUGUUUUCACUUUACUAGCUCUUAAGCUUUAUCCUUAUCGGGAGGUCUCAAACUGCUGUAUAAUAUUCUCCAGACCUCUCUCGAGUUUAAUUAUGAUUAUUAGUUAAUUAGUGUUAGUUACAUUGUAUAUAAAGUUACAAAGAGAUAUGCACUCUUCAUAGCGAAAUAGUAAGGACAAGGAUUAUAUUAUUCAUUACC